GUUUGUGCGUUGUUCUUCGUUGGUGUCCUCAACCAAUCAUUAUAUUAUCAGGCGCAGCCCAUUUUUUUGCGGAAACAAAUUUCGAAUCUAUUCAUGGUUUUGAAUACAAUACAAUAAUAUUUGAUUUAGUUGAGGAUGGAUAAACUAUUAAAAGAUAUGUGUAAUGUUGAACAGGCUGAAGAAAAUAAAGAUGCUGAUAACGGAAAAGACACCCUGUAAUGUAGUAUAAAACACCAUGCUAAUUUUGAUAACAGUUCUUCCCCAUCUUUGAGAUGCAAUCAUUUUGAGGUGACGUCAUUCGUGCUGCAAUUUACGGUAUAUAAUGAAAUAACAUAAUUUGGUUGUUAAUGUGAGUAAGGGUGAAUCUUAAGGUCAUCAAUAAAUAGUGCACUCGAGGGUAUAAAAAGCUUGGAAAGUAGAAAAAACAAUAGAAUAAUAUAAUAAUUCAUCAUCAUCAAAAUGAAUUAUCACAGCUUUGUAUUUUUGUAACUAAUGCGGUUGAGUGAUCCAGACAUCAAUAAAAAAGUUUAACCAGGAGACUGGUGUCUCUUAGGUAAAAAAUGUUAUGACGAAAAUCAGUGUAGAAAACUAACCUGAACUAGAAUAAAUAAAAAAUUUAAAAUAUGCUAGACAGCAGUAUGGAGGCAAUGGAAGCAGAUCCCAUAGACACCACAACUAUACGAGUUUUUGCUGAUAGAGUCACGGUCAUCAACGACCAUCUCUUCAUCUGGGCUAUUAUUGAUGGGGUGCUGAUGGUGUGUAUUCUCAGUGGGAAUAUAUUGACGAUUCUUGCCGUUCGUUACCAUCGACGGUUACGGCAAUUGCUUUCGAAUUUGUUCGUUUUAUCGCUAGCUAUGUCGGACAUUUUUGUGGGCCUAACCCUUCCAUACCAUCUGGCGUUUUACAUGGGAAAUGAGCUUGGCCACUACAAGUACUUAUGUCUGUUGAGGUUUUUCGUUCUAAUAAUAGCGUGCGGCGUGUCGAUUUGGAAUCUAAUUGCAAUCGCUGUGGACAGAUACAUCGCUAUUUGCUAUCCAUUACACUAUACACGUGUAAUGACAAAAAAAGUGGCACUGGUAAUAUUAGCAUUCGGAUGGUUUUUGGCGGUUUUGAUUGCUAGCAUUCCAUUAAUUUGGAAUAAAUGGAACACUGCUAUGGAGUGUGAAUUCGACGAGCUAUUGCAUCCGUGGUACGUCGCCGGUGUUAUAACUCCACUAUUUUCGCUUGUAUGGAUAUGUUUACUUAUCGUUUAUUGGCGAAUUUGGCGCGAAGCUGUCAAGCACACUAAACAACUUCGAGUACAUAACUCACAAGAGACUUCUUCCGAUUGGAAAUCUGUACAGGUCGUUCUACUGAUAAUAGGUUGUUUCACAUUUUGCUGGUUGCCAUAUUUUGUAGUCAUCUUAACACAAAUAUUUCACUUUUUUGAGUACAAUUCACCGGUACUAUAUAAAGCGGUGUUCUCAUUAGCAAUGGCUAAUUCGAUGAUGAAUCCCUUGAUUUACGCUUGGAAGAAUAGCAGUUUUCGGCAUGCCUUUUCUAAACUGUUGACCUGUAAAAGACCUGAUCAAUGCGAAGCAGUACUGACUGAUAGUCCGGCAGGAAAAACAUCUAAAGUAGGCAGCUCACGAACCAACAUGGAUGAUUUGCGAUACCGAACAUCAACUUCACGAAUAAGUCAAACCAGUAUAGAAUCGGCAACACAUUCUAAUGGCCCUGAGAUUACAUACGUUUCAACUAUACAUGAUGAAUCAUCUCGAAAUCAUACUAUACAGGUAGCGCUAGGUACAACAAAUGAAAUAAAUGGUUCUUCAGUAAUAAAGUUUCCAAGCAUGACAACACAUAUUAUCCAAGGAAACGUGAUUAUCAAUAAUUAUAAUUUAUAUGACAGCUUUCUUGAUGUAAAGAACCAAAACCAUACAAACAGACGCGACUCUAGUGGGAAUAAAACCCACAAUCGUGAUUGCAAGCAACAGAAAACAGGCGAUUCAUACGGAACCGACACAGAUUAUUCAAUAUGUUGUGAUAAAGAUAUGUGUAUAAAUAACGUCGGGAUGCAAGAAAAUAUAACCAAGUUGUAAAAAUAAACAAAACUAUUAUGUAUAGAUUCGUAAAUAUUGUUAAUAUCUUGUGGUUCGAUAAUAAAAUCGCUCACAAUGUCUAAAAAAACCAUCAUUAUAAAACUGAUAUAAAAACGACGAAAUACUUAUUGUAAAGCACGUUUUCCAACCACCAUUUUAUGAAAUAACUUCCAAAAUAGUUUCUACACAUUCCAAGUAUUAUAUUUCAAGACAUUUACAAUUGGUGGAAAGAUUUGUUUGAAAAUCCCAUAGUGCACAUUGGUCUAAUUUCGAAAAAUCGUGAUCUUUUUAGACUUCACUGUGAAAAAUUGAUUUCAUGUACUUAAUCUCUUCAGCAAAAUUGUUUCAUAGAACAAGGCCUUACUUUUGGCGUCUUCGGUUUUUCGAUCAAUCAACCUAACAGUUAG